CUUGGAAACGAGUCUCUAGACGGUUUCUCAAGCUGAUUUCUUCGUUUUCUUUAAACUUACAAAGAGAAAAGGAACCCAUCUAUUCGCCGCUACCACGUGACGUAAAACAUGCAGUUAGCAAGUCGAGUGUUCGGUGACUUCGAGAAAGCGCGUGUGUCAUGUUGAUGCCUAAAUUGAUUGCCUAGAAAUUGUAUUGGCCAAAUUUGCGGUUGAAAGAUUCCCGUAAGGGUUUGCGCAAUCGCUUUUCGUCAUGUCCAGGCUAAUUAUCAAGAACUUGCCGGAUGAGAUCGGUGAGGAACAGUUUCGUGAGACAUUUUCAAGGUUUGGCCAUCUGACUGAUUGCUGUCUAAAGUACACGAAGGAUGGACGCUUUAGAAAUUUUGGAUUCGUUGGAUAUGAAUCUUCAGACCUGGCAGAAAAAUCGCAGACUUACUUUCACGAAACCUUCAUUGGAUCAAAGCGAAUACAAGUCGAUUUUGCAAAAGCUAUUGGCGACGAUUCAAAGCCGAAGGCAUGGAGCAAGUACAGUGUGGAUAGUUCUGCGUACCAGACGAGUCUUCAAAAGCAGAAAGAGGAACAUGCAAAGAAAGAAAAGACUAUGGAAAAGGCAAAGAAAGAAGGAAGCAGUAAGGAUGCCACAUCAAGUAAGAAAAAGAAGAAGAAGAAGAUUGUGAAAGAAACCAUUCCGGAUGCGGUUGCAGACGAUCCAGCGUUUAGCGAGUUUCUUCAAUCGCAGCGGAAGCCAGGGAGCAAGACAGUAUGGAGCAAUGAUGCAGGAUCUACAGAAAAUCGUGUUGCAGAAGUGGCUAGACAUCCAACAAAGCAGCUUCAGUACGAUGGUGCAACAUCAUCAGACGAUGAAGAAGUUGAGAUGGAACCACCUGUUGUAGAGGAGAAAAAGCAGUCAUCAAAGAAGUCCAACACAGCCAUGUCUGACUUGGAGUAUCUCAAGGCAAAAACCAUCGAUAAGUCAACUGCUGAAGACAACGCCAGUGACAGUACAGCCGACAGUGGCAACAGUAGUGAUGACAGUAGUAGCGAAAGUACAAGCGAAUCUACAACUCUCUCGAAAGCUGGCAGUAAGAAAGUAGAAGGAAAAUCAACAAAAGUUUUGGGAAAAUCUACCGCGAAAGAAGACGCACAGAAACAGGUCGCAGCGCCUCCACGCGACAGGUACCGCGUGAAGAUGCGCGGUCUCCCGUUCAAGGUCAAGGAGAAGGCCGUGCGAGAGUUCUUUGCGCCGCUAGUGCCGACGGGCGUGCGCAUACCGAGGAGCGCGGGGCGGGCGUCGAUGGGCGUGGCGUUUGCGAGCUUCGGCAGCGGUGAGGACGCGGACGCGGCGAUGCUGAAGAACAAGCUCUACCUGGGCGGCCGCUACGUCGAGCUGUUCCGGAACGACAGAAAGACGCCGGACUCCCAGACGCCGCACGCCGACGUGAAGCACCCGGCGAGGCCGUGGGAGGCGGCGGCGGCGCGGGACGAUGGCGGCACGGAGUCGGUCGCCGAGUCGGGCCGGCUGUUCCUUCGCAACCUCGCGUACGUCGUGACGGAGGACGACGUCGAGCAACUGCUCGCGACCUUCGGCCUGCUGUCGGAGGUCAGCGUGCCCGUCGACCGGCUGACCGGCCGCAUCAAGGGAUUCGCGUUUGCGACGUUCAUGAUGCCCGAGCACGCCGUGAAGGCCUACGCGGAGCUCGAUGGCAGCGUGUUCAAGGGCCGCAUGCUGCACAUCAUCCCGGCGCGGCCGAGCAAGAGCGAUGAGGUCGAGAUAACGCCCGACAUGCCCUACAAGCUGCAGCAGCAGCUGAAGCAGAAGAAGAUGGCCGCCAGCGCGCACAAUUGGAAUGCGCUGUUCCUCGGCGCCAACGCGGUCGCCGACGCGAUGGCAGAGAAGUACAACUCUAGCAAGGAGCAGAUACUGUCGUCCACGAGCAAGGACAGUGCGGCGUUCAAGCACGUGCCACUCUACCUUGAAUGGGCUCCACUUGAUGCACUGAAACCUCGAAUUGCACAGAAAGCUGUUGAGACAGAUGGGGUUACACCAGAAGAUGGCAGCACCAAGAAGAAAAGUGAAGAGAAGGCAAAGAAGGAAGGGGAGACUUUGUCAUCAGAUGAGGAGGAAGAGGAACCAGAGGAGAACACCACAAUAUUCGUGAAGAAUCUUAACUUUGAUACAACAAAGGAAAGCCUGCAGCAGGCAUUCUCCAAGUGCGGCGCCAUCUACCAGGUUACCGUUGCGACGAAGAAAGAUGCGAAAGCUCCCGGGCGUCUGCUCUCGAUGGGCUACGGCUUUGUGCAGUACUAUCGCACUCGCGAUGCCAAGCGAUCGAUUAAGGAACUCCAACACUGCGCGCUAGAUGGCCACAGCUUAGAACUGAAGCUGUCACAGCGAGCCACACAGAAUGACUCGGUGCAUGCGCGGAAGAAGGCAGCGAAGACGAAGCAGAAGUCGGCCAAAAUUCUCAUCCGGAACAUUCCAUUUGAGGCCAAGCAUUCGGAAGUUCAGCAGCUGUUUAGUACAUUUGGCGAGCUGAAGUUUGUGCGUCUGCCGAAAAAGAUGGCGGGCACCGGCUCCCACCGAGGCUUUGGAUUCGCCGAGUUCGUGACUCGGCACGAUGCCAAACGCGCGUUUGCCGCUCUGGCGCACAGCACUCAUCUGUACGGGCGCCGCCUAGUGUUGGAAUGGGCAGACACGGACGAGAGCGUUGAACAGUUGCGCAAGAAGACGGCCGAUCAUUUUUAUGAAGGUACGAGUCUGGUGUUUGUCACGGUGUGUCGCGCACGCAUCGUUCAUUAGAUAACCAACCUGAGUUUCCAAUCAGAUUUUGUCUGUUUCCAAUCAGACAUGGUCUGUGGACACUGCAGCAAAAUCUGAUGCGCAUGUCUCGGGUAUAGUUAUGAAACAGUUACCGCGACGGAGUAACUGGUUCUGGAGGAAAAUGCUACAUGACAAUCUUGUGUCUUGCAAAGUUUAUGGUGAUUUCCCAGUGCUACCUUUCUCGCAAAUACGUCGAAGCUACGCAGUCAAGGAUCAUUAUCAUAGGCAGCUGCAGCAGCGUAGGCCUAUACGUGAAAAUUACUUAAUAAAGUUAUCCAUGAGUGUAAUGCGUGGUUAUGUUAAUGCAGCAGUGUGGUUUUUUUGAGGAAAAUACGAAAAGGGGUAGUAUGGUUGCCAUUGGGGGAUGUGAGACUAUAGAUACACAUGUUGCAAUUUAGGGUGGUGUUGGUUAUUCAGACCUGCCAACUGUUACGUAUUGCCCGUAAUUUGUUACGGACGCGAGUCAAAAUUACGGUAAUACGGACGACCUCGAAAAAUUAUGGCCAGCAAGAAAUCUCUGAAAUUUAUAUUUUUUAAUGCAAAAAAAAGAAAUAAACACAGUGUAAAAUCAACUAU